AUGAAUAACCAAUUCGCUGCAAGGAAGGACCGGAAGUCGAGCCCCCGUGGUGGAGAAGCGAUUAUAACCAAAGCCAUCUUGGAUGCAUCUGAGAUUGAUAUAGAGUCUAGUGCUGACGUCUUCGCCGUCAAUCUGUACGGUGUGGUACUGGCCUCCAACGCCUAUAUGCCGAUCAUUAUGAAGGAGAAGGGAAGGGUGGUGAACACGUCCAGCAUCUGCGGGAGGCCAGUGACAAGCAGUGAAGUCUUCAAAAACAAAGUGACAAGCCUUGACGUCUUCAAAAGCCCGGUGACAAGAUGUGAAGACGUCAAAAGCCCGGUGACAAGAAGUGAAGACGUCAGAAGCCCGGUGACAAGGAGUGAAGUCUUCAAAAGUCCGGUGACAAUCAGUGACGUCUCCAAAAGCCCGUUGACAAGCAGUGAAGUCUUCAAAAGCCCAGUGACAAGCACUGACGUCUUUAAAAGUCCGGUGACAUGCAGUGAAGAAUUCAAAAGCCCGGUGACAAGCAGUGAAGUCUUCAAAAGCCCAGUAACAAGCCUUGACGUCUUCAAACGCCCGCUGACAAACAGGAACGUCUUCAAAAGCCCGGUGACAAGUAGUGACGUCUUCAAAAGCCCAGUGACAAACAGAGAGGUCUUCAAAAGCCAAAUGGCAAGCAAUGAUGUCUUCAAAAGCCCGUUGACAAGGAGUGACGUCUUAUUCAAAAGCCCGUUGACAAGUAGUGACGUCUUCAAAAGCCAAGUGACAAGCAGUGACGUCUUUAAAAGUCCGGUGACAAGCAGUGAAGACUUCAAAAGCUCAGUGACAAGCAGUGACGUCUUCAAAAGCCCGUAUUAUUCAAAAGCCCGUUGA